ACGGGUCGGGUCGGGCCGGUCCAACCCGGCCCAACCCGAAUAAUAAAAUAUUUUUUUUUUAAAAAAAAAAAGCGGCGGGUCCAAACCCGGCAGCGGGUCCAAACCCGGCAGCGGGCCAAUCGGUCCCGGCCCGGCCCGGCCCGCCGGGACAAAAAAACCGUGACCCUUAACCGGACCGGAUUGGCCGCGGUCCGGUUCUAUAAACCGGCACUAUUCAUGCUGUCAACGAUCGGCCGCGCGCAAGCCCCACGUCUCUCAGCAUGGUCGUGCGUGCUCGGCCACCACUUCGCGUGGCUACACCCAGCCAGGGUCGGCUUUUGGUCCAAGGUUCCACAAGGAAUUUACAAUUUAAGACAAUCCAAGAAAAAGGAAUUGGUUUCACCAAAUUCGAUAAUUUUGGGUUCAACAAAACAGUCUUUAUAUCAGGAAUUUCACAAUAUUCAAAAGUUUAAGGGUUUCGGAAACAGCAAGGUGCAAGUCCGAGUUCCAAAUCCACUUCCUUUCCAAACGACACAUAAUGUUGCAAUACUUGUACACAACAAAAACAAGUCGAAGCCCGAAAGAAAACUCCAACGGCCAUCGGGGUAUGGCCACUCAGAAACAAAAAUGAAAAAAAAACCUCGGGCGGCUCACGCUCUGCAUCAGUUCGGGUCCUUAGGCGGACUUCAGAGACUUCUCGGUUUGCCAAGGGGCGGGGCUCAUGAGUGCAGCGAGGUUCACAGGACUGCUGCUCGCGACGGUCAGGUGCUCAUGGACGGGAUGCCGGAAAAAGAUCACGGAAGGACCGCGGGGACAGGUGUUUCACCAGAAGUGACCUCCAAGUGGCUGUGGAGGACUGCUGGUUUGCGGUGGUCGCUCACGAGGUCUCGGCGGAGGAGCAGUGACUUGCGGUCGACGAAAAAUGACCUGCUGGGGUGUUGCACACGAUCGGGGAUGACCUGCUCGUCGCAGUGGGAGGGAGCCUGUGUGCCGGAGGAAAUCGCCGGCGGCUUCUGCGCGCGGAGGAGAUGCUC